AUGGCCACAGAAGCCCCCGUUGGCGACCUCGCCAGCCAGCUCGAGAAGCUCAACGUCGGCAAGCUCGAGGCGUUCCCCAACUCCCACCCCGACCUUAACCCUGUCGACGUCUACCGAUCACAUAUUGCCUCCCUCCUCCACGAUGUCUCUGGCGUUGAGAAGUCCCUGAUCUACAAUGCCCUACAAUGGACAGCCACACUCGAGAACGGCGAUCUUCUGCUCCCCGUGCCCGCCCUUCGCGUCAAGGGCAAGAAACCCCAUGAGCUGACCGAAGAGUGGCUCGCCAAGGUACGUCACGCGAACGCUUGUCCUCCUCCUCCUCCUCCUCCUCCUCCCCCUCCUCCCCUUGCCAGCCGGCGCGAUAGUAAACACGCGGCUAACAUGCCGCAACCUAGUUCCCCGAGUCCCCUCUCAUCGAAAAGCCCGUUCCUUUCAACAACGGCUCCCUUCAUUCAGUUUUGGUUCAAGGCCGCGCCUCUCGCCCAGCUCGUCAUCCCUCAGAUUCAGCAGCGCACCGAGGAUUUCGGCAAGAACCCUCGCAACGGCCUCCGGGAUCCCCAAGACCCCUCCAAGGGCCAGAAGCACAUGAUUGUAGAGUUCAGCAGCCCCAACAUCGCCAAGCCCUUCCACGCUGGUCACCUUCGCAGUACCAUCAUUGGCGGUUUCCUCUCCCACCUGUACGCGGGCGCCGGCUGGAAGGUCACCCGUAUCAACUACCUCGGCGACUGGGGCAAGCAGUACGGCCUCCUGGCGCUCGGCUACGAGAAGUACGGUGACGAGAAGGCGCUCGAGACGGACCCCAUCAACCACCUAUUCCAGGUCUAUGUCAAGAUCAACAACGAUCUCGCCGAGGAGAAGGAGAAGAUCGCCGCGCUCGAGAAGGAGGGCAAGGAUGCCAGCGAGCUCAAGAAUGAGGGUCUCGACGAGCAGGCUCGCCGCUACUUCAAGGCCAUGAACGACGGCGAGCAGGCGGCGCUCGCGCAAUGGAAGAAGUUCCGCGACCUCAGUAUCGUUCGCUACAAGCAGACAUACGCCCAGCUCAACGUCACCUUUGACGAGUACUCGGGCGAGUCGCAGGUGUCGGAGGAGGACAUGGCCGCCUCGGCCAAGACGCUCGAGGACAAGGACAUCUCCGAGGUGUCGGACGGUGCCGUGGUCAUCAACUUCCAGAAGCACGUCGCAGGCAAGGCCGGCAAGUCGUUGGAGAAGCCUGUCAUUAAGAAGCGUGACGGCACUGCGCUGUACCUUACUCGUGAUAUCAGCGAGCUGCUGCACCGCGAGAAGAAGUACAACUUUGACCACAUGAUCUACGUUGUUGCGUCGCAACAAGAUCUGCACCUGAAGCAGUUGUUCAAGAUUAUCGAGCUCAUGGGCUUUACUGAGACGGCCAAGAAGGUCCAGCACGUCAACUUUGGCAUGGUACUCGGUAUGAGCACUCGCAAGGGCAACGAGGAGAAGUAUAAGCAGGUUGAGAACCCAGAUGCCGUCGCUGAGACACUCGGUAUCAGCGCCAUCAUGGUGCAAGACAUGACGGGCAAGCGCCAGAACUCGUACACCUUCUCCCUCGAGGCCAUGACAAGCUUCGAGGGCGACACGGGCCCCUACCUUCAAUACGCCCACGCCCGUCUGUCGUCCAUCAUGCGCAAGGCCAAUAUUCCUGAGGCGGACCUUGUCGACGCCGACCUGAGCCUGCUCACCGAGAAGCACGCGACGGAGCUCAUUCGCAUGCUGUCGCAGUACCCCGACACGGUGCAGAACACUCUCAAGACGCUCGAGCCGACGACGGUGCUCACGUACCUGUUCAAGCUGACGCACGUGCUCAGCAGCUCCUACGACGUGCUGAGGGUCGUUGGCAGCGAGCCCGAGGUGCUCAAGGCCCGUCUGGCCCUGUACUACUCUACCAGGACCGUCCUGGCGAACGGCAUGAGGUUGCUGGGUCUGUCGCCUGUUCAGAGGAUGUAA